AACGGCACGUGAAACUUACUCAUCGUGGUGUGUAAUCAGUAUUUCACAGAAAGGACUGCUCUUUAGUUAUCCGAAAUUUCUCGACGAGGCGAAAACGCACAGAUACGAUCACGAGAUACGCUUUCGAUCUUGUUUGAUUACCAGUUUGCACUUUUUUUUGCAAGAUUUAUACUUCAAUGCAUUGAAUAUCACUAUACAAAAGAUGAUAAUAACUACACAGAUGCUUACAGUUCUCGGAAUUAUAUGCCUCUUAUGUGUCAAUGGAAUUACUUCUUUUGUUGAUGAGAAUUUUUCUCCGCACUGCAUAGAACCGAUGGAAUAUAUUAUGAAUAUUUCUGCGGAAGUACAAAAUAAUUCUCUUAUUGUUGAUUCUCUUGUUAAACUGAACGUUCAGUGUCCACUGCAAAACAUCAAAGUUUAUUUCGGACGUUACUGCGAACAACCAAAACUUAACAUCAUGACUAAUGUUUCUUCUAAUUUCCAUCUUUAUUUUGGGAAACAAAAGUUUUGCCAUUAUUUCCAGACGAUCGAUUCAAAACCUUGAACAUCAGCUUCAUUACCCAUAAUAAGGAACACUUUAGAAUACAACAGCAAAUAGUAAAUGAACGUAAAUUGUGGAUAUCUGCAAAAUAUAAUUGCAGGUUAGAUAAAGUUAUGAGAAUUUAUCCAUUUACUGAUGAAACUAAAAUAGAAAAAUAUUUGAUAUUACCGCGUAUUCCCGCUGAAUGGAUAUUUCCAUGUUGGAACAAUCUUGCAACUAAAGCCAUAUUUACUAUUCGAAUCAAGCAUACCAGUAGUGAAACAGCUCUUUCAAAUAUACGUAAUAACUCAGUGGAAAAAUUUCAAGUUUAUACAUAUACUUCAUUCCGUACACCUUUAAUAUCCACUUGUGCCGUAGCAACAGUAGUCGUACCUUCUGAAUGUACCAACUUUACUCUCAAAUCAGAUACACUUAUCAUACACAGCAGAUUACAAGUGAAAAACGACAUUUCAUACGCACGACGUCUUAUAAGUCAUAUUACGAAUUUUCUUAGACUCAAGAGAAGGGAUGUUACACCAAUCUCACACGUCCAGUAUAUAGCACUUUCAACAAACUACAGCUACGAAACUAUAGUAACUAGUGGACUUGUCCUUUUCAGAGACGCUGAAAUUGCAUACAAUAAAGAAAUUGAUUCUUUAAGAAGAAAAACAGAAGUAACAUGUUUGGUUACACGCAGUGUGAUACAAGAAGCGUUCAAUGAUUGGUUAAUUAAACUUGAACAGUCUGAUUCUUGGUUUAUCGAAAGAAUUUUGACAUUUUACGGAGUUUAUCUAGUCGAUCAGAUUUACAGUGAGACUUUACUGAUGUCGAUUGUGGUUCAAACACGACAAAUGAUUUUUGAAUAUACACAAGCAUUUACUGAACAUUAUUUAAUACAAGAUAAUUCAUUUCUCAAAAACGAAACUUUUGAUAAAAUGUGGAAAGAGAGAGGAUUUAAUAUUUUCUACAUGAUGAAUAAUUUAUUCAGUAUCAAAAAUGUUCUAAACGACUUUAUUUUUGAGAAAGCAAUAAAUUUGUAUAACACUAGUACAUCAAGUCAGACAUAUAAGGAACAUUUUACUCUUGAUAAUAUAUGGAACAAUAUAACGUUUGUGCCAACCAUAUAUAAAAACAUCCAUUUGAAGAAUAUAAAUAUAAAACAUGUGAUAACUUCAUGGAUAACACAAUAUGGUUAUCCUAUAGUACAAGUAAAACGGAAGGAUACACAACUUCUAGAAAUUAUGAUUCAAGAUUGUGUUACGGUUAAACAACAAAACAUGUGUGCAUACAAGUGGUGGAUACCUAUAAUCUACGUAAAAAUUUCAAGAAACACGUUUACUACUAAUUAUGUGUACCUAAAACCAGACGGCACAAGUAUUUUUGUUGCGAAUAUUGAAGAAGAUGAUUUUAUCGUAAUCACGGGACAAAAUGGAUAUCGUGUAAACUAUGAUCGUAAAUCUUUGGAAAAUAUUGCUCUCUUCCUAAAAAGUGAAAAAUCUAAGAUUUGGAAUGCAUCUAAUUUAACUGACGUCACUUUGGCACAAACUCUUGACGACGCGUUUUAUUUUUUAAUACAAAAUACAAAGUAUACUGUACUUCCUGCUGCAACUAGUGAAAAUUUAGACAUAUUUUUCAAUCUUGCAAGCAAUGUAGUUCGCGUAAAGAAUUCGUACAUAGUGUGGCAUUCCAUAUUUACAACACUUCAAUACGUAUCAAAGAUUUUUCCAUUACCGAAAAACGCAAAAAUCAAGACUAACGUUGUAGAAAUAUUAAAUAUUUUUCUGAAAGAUAUAUCACAUAAAAAUGUUUCCGAGAAUACUGUCAGUAAUCAAGUAUAUUACGAAGUUUUAAAAUGGACAUGCAUUCUUGGUGGCUUACAGUGCAAAGAACAUAUUAAUGCUAUAUUACAGUGGCAUUUAAAAAAUCCUGUACACUUCAGACUGUUGCCAAGUUGGCAGAACUGGAUGUAUUGCCAAGGAUUGAUGUUAAAACUUAUAACUAAUAAGAUGUUGUGGCAUAAAAUACAGGACAUUUACUUGUCACAAGAAAAAAAACAACACUUCUUUCACCUUUUCUCUUGUUCUGGACUGAAUCAGAGUGUGGAAUCUUUUGGUUUUGCACUAAAACAUAAUUUACUAAAAGAAAGUGAUUCCGUUACCAUAUUUUUUGAUAUUAUUGCAAGACAUGUAGAAGAUUGUUGUUUACCGAAUAGUAUAAUAAGCAAAACACAAGAUAAAUAUUCAAGGCACUAUUCAUGUUGGACGUCAUUAUAAAAAAAGCUCAAUUUCGUCGAAAAUUCUUAAGUACAAUGUAGCAUCAUAACAAUUGUCGUAAAGUUUACGAUAUACUUAAGUACAGAAGCAAGGAAAACUAAGGUUACUUUUUACAAUACAAUGCAAUUUUAAUUAAACAACCAAAGCAUUUUAGUGCAUUUAGUUUAAACCUAGAGUUACUUUUAUAUAAAAAGUUUAAUCUUA